AUGGACGAGGACGCGGAGCUGAUCCCCGAGAAUCUACGACGGCCGCCCGACGAGCCCGCCUCCACCUCGAAAAAGACGCCCACCUCGAUCAAGGACUACAAUGUCAUAAAGGAGAUAGGUGAAGGCUCCAUCAGCACCGUCUACUACGCCAAGGAGAUGUUCGGCGACAGACGGGAAGUGGCCGUCAAGUCGUGCCAAAAGCGACGCAUUUUACGAGAUAAAUUGGUAGACGCCGUGAUGCGUGAGAAGAACAUCCUGGCCCGCCUCUCCACUGCCGAAAACAUGCACCCAUUCGUCGUCGGGCUCUACUGCACACUGCAAGACGCCGAGACGCUCUUCUUCGUCGUUUCCUACGCGCAGAAAGGCGACCUGGCGACGAUCAUCCAGAAGCUGCCCGAGAAAAGGAUGACGUUGGAGCAGUCGCGGUUCUAUUCGGCUGAACUUUUGGCAGCUUUAGGCCACAUCCAUUCGCUCGAGGUGAUCCACCGCGACGUGAAGCCGGACAACAUCCUCGUCAAGGCCGACGGCCACAUUUUGCUGUCGGAUUUCGGGUCGGCCAAGGACCGAACGCUGCCCGAGAAGGAGCCACAACCCGAUCCGAGAAAUCCGGACGGCCCACGAAAACGACGCGCUUCUUUUGUGGGCACCGCGCAGUACGUGACGCCGGAGAUGCUCCAAGGCAAAGAAGCCGAUGAAACAUGCGAUUUCUGGGCCCUCGGCGUCACUGUUUUCCAGUUUUUGACAGGAAAGCACUGCUUCCACGACGAGAGCGAGUACCUCAUUUUCCGCAGAGUACAGGAGCUUCUCUACACAUUUCCGGACGAUUUCCCGGCACCGGCAAAAUCACUGGUCGAAGCGCUGCUUGUGGUUGAGCCCUCUGAACGUCUCGGGAGCGCGUCGCUGGGCGGCAUCUCCUCGCUGAAGCAGCACGACUUCUUCGACGGCGUUCAAUGGGAUUCCCUCGAAAACACUAAGCCCCCGUUUUUAAUU